AUGACCCGCUCUCAAACUCUAGAUUCGCAUCCAGAAACAAAGCCCAAGUGGUGGAAAGAAGCCACGGUGUACCAGAUCUACCCAGCCAGUUUCAAAGACACCAAUGGCGACGGGUGGGGCGACCUUAAGGGAAUCACCGAAAAACUGCCUUACAUCAAGCGUCUCGGAGUAGACGUUAUUUGGAUGUGUCCCUUCUACGACUCGCCCCAGCAGGACAUGGGCUACGAUAUCGCGGACUAUGAGAAAGUCUGGCCACGGUACGGAACGAACGAAGAGUGCUUCGAGCUCAUUGACAAAGUGAAAGCGCUGGGCAUGAAAGUUGUGGUCGAUUUGGUGAUCAACCAUUGUUCGGCAGAUCACAAAUGGUUUCAGGAAUCGCGCUCAUCCAAGGACAACGCUAAGCGUGACUGGUUCAUCUGGAAGCCGGCCAAGGGGUUCGACUCCGAAGGUAAGCCAAUCCCACCCAACAACUGGCGCUCGUUCUUUGGAGGAUCUGCGUGGGAAUGGGACGAAAAGACACAGGAGUUUUACCUGCGUUUGUUCGCGUCCAAACAGCCCGAUUUCAACUGGGAACUCUCGGAAGUCCGUCAAGCGAUCUAUGAAACCUCGGUGGGAUUCUGGCUCGACCGUGGCGUUGACGGCUUUCGGAUUGACGUUGGUGGCAUGUAUUCCAAAGACCAGAACUUUCCUGACGCAGAGGUUAAAGACCCUACGGUCGAGUUCCAAGACCCCUUAAAGCAUUUUGCCAACGGACCUCGUAUUCACGAGUUUCACAAGGAAAUGCAUCAGUUUAUGGUUGACCGUGUUACGGAUGGUCGCGAGUUGUUGACCGUGGGCGAAAUUGGGUUUGGUACCGAAAAGGACUUCGUAGAGUACACGAGUGCCAAAGAACGUGAAAUUGGUAUGAUGUUCAACUUCAAGCACGUCAGUGUAGGCGAGGAUCCUAACUUCAAGUUCAAGCUGGUACCCUUCUCGUUGAAAGACUUCAAAUUGGCGGUUGCGGAGAGUUUCCAAUUUAUUAACGGCACCGAUUGCUGGUCUACUAUCUACAUCGAAAAUCACGACCAGCCUCGUAGUGUCUCGCGUUUUGGUGACGAUUCACCAGACUGGCGCGCUAUAUCUGCCAAAAUGUUGUCAGUUUUGGAAAUUUCCCUCACCGGUACCCUUUUCGUUUAUCAAGGUCAGGAGCUGGGACAACCCAACAUCAAGGGUUGGACUAUAGAUCAAUAUGAAGACGUGGAACUACACGGCAAUUACGACUACAUCAAGAAGCAGUUUGGUGAAAACUCCAAGGAAAUGAAGCAUUUCCAUGAAGCAGUUCCGGUCAUUUCCCGCGAUCACGCACGUACCCCAUUUCCAUGGACCGCCGAAAAUCCCAGUGCCGGCUUCAGUACAAGUACAACGCCAUGGUUUGCUUUAAAUCCAUCUUAUCCUGAGGUCAAUGCAGAGAGUCAACUAAACGACCCCCAAUCUGUUUACAACUUCUGGAUCAAAGCCUUGAAAAUUAGAAAAGAGCAUAAGAACAUUCUUGUCUACGGAUAUGACUUUGAAUUCCACGACCUCGACAACGACAAAUUGUUUUUGUUCACCAAGAAAUACGAGGACAAGACUUUGUUUGCGGCGUUCAACUUCUCUAGUGACAUAGUUGAGUUCACCGUCCCAAUCGAUGGUAAGCUCACUCAAUUAUUUGGCAAUUACGAGGACGUUGAUGCGUCCAGUCCCUUGCAGCCAUGGGAAGGUAGACUUUAUUAUGUGUUCUAA